UCUCCCAUAUAAAACCUGUCACACAACAGUUUCACUGAAACUACCCACACUCAGAGAUCUAGCCUGUGCAUUUCCACAGAGGAAUCAAAAUGUCUCGACGUAGCAGUGUGGCAGACCAGAGCCAUUAUAGCUCUCUCGGAAAGUCCCAGAGAUCUGAGACCUAUGGAAAAUACAGCAACCCCAGACCCAACAGCCGGAACAGCCAACGAAAUGUACUCUGCGAUUUCUGUCUGGUGAAAAAGAUGAAGGCUGUGAAGUCCUGUCUAACAUGCCUGACCUCGUUCUGCGAGACUCAUCUGCAGGCUCACUAUGAAUACCCAGCGCUGAUGAAGCACAAGUUGGUGACAGCAACGGGUCAGCUGAAGGAAAAGAUCUGUGCCGAACAUGACAAACUACUGGAGGUCUUCUGCCGCUCUGAUCAGAUGUGUGUCUGUGUUCUGUGCAUCAUGGAUGAACACAAAAAACACGACAUUGUCUCAGCUGCAGCUGAGAGGACAGAGAAGCAGAAACAGCUUAGUGCUAAACUGAUGUCCUCUCAGCAGAAGAUUGAUGAGAGAGUAAAGAAAUGGCAAGAUCUGAUGCAGGCUACAGAGUCUUUAAAGCACUCAUCUCAGAGUGUGUUGGAGGAAAACGAGAGAAUAUUCACCGAGUUGAUGCAAGCUCUAGAGAGGAGGUACACUGAUGUGAAGGAGUUGAUCCGGGCCCAAGAAACAGCCCUGAUGACUCAGGCUGAGAGACACCUGAGCCGAAUGGAGGAAGAAAUCACAUUACUGAGGAUGAAACACAAUGACCUGGAGAGGCUUUCUCAGUCCGAAGAUCACAUUCAUUUCUUACAGAGCUGGCAGGCUCUUUCUGCACCCUCAGGAUAUGAAGACUUGUCCAAAGUGACACUGGCCCCACUUCACUCUUUUGAUAAAGUUAAGAAAGCAAUCUCUGAGCUUAAGAUUCAAGUAGAAGAUGCAAGCAAGGGAGAACUGAACAAGAUCUCAUCAGCAGUAAGAGAAGUUCAAAUACUGCAGAUUCUGGAACCAAAAACAAGAGAGGACUUUUUAAAGCAUUACAGUCAGCUUUCCCUGGAUCCUCUAACAGCUCACCCGAACCUACACCUGUCCAAGGGAAACACAGUAGUGCAGAUGAGCAGUGAACACCAAUCAUACCCUGAGCACCCAGAGAGGUACGACUACUGGCAGCAGGUGCUGUGCAAGGAGGGUAUGACUGGCAGCCGUUACUACUGGGAGAUUGAAUGGAGCGGUACAGAAGUGGACAUAGCCGUAACUUAUAAGGAAGCAAGCAGGAAGGGCAGUGACAAUGCUUGCAGCUUUGGCUGGAGUGACAAGUCCUGGAGUCUGUACUGCUCUGAGUCUAAAUGCACCUUCAUGCACCGCAGUAAACGUAUCUCUGUACCAUUGCCUAUUUCUUCAAAAAUAGGAGUGUAUUUAGACCACAAGGCUGCAACCCUGGCAUUUUAUAGCAUCUCAGACACAAUGACUCUCCUCCACAGAGUACAUACCUCAUUCACUGAGCCAGUCUAUGCAGGCUUUGGAGUCUGGGGCUAUGGAAGUACUGUAAAGAUACUGUAAAAAUGUUUUAUAUAUUUAAAUACACUGGGAAUAUUUUGUAAACGACUUUAGGUUGUUCAUUGUCGUUCAAAGGCCAUGCCUCUAUAACCACACUGUAAACAACUGAAGGAAUGAUGAUACCACAGCUACUACACCAAAACCACUAGAUGGUGUUAUUCGAUCUCUUUGUUACUGAUUUAAAAAUCCAAAUUAAGUUCAAAUAAAUUAAUGCAUUUCUGA